CUCCAGCGGCGACAUGAGGAGCAAGGGCCUUACUGUAAGGCAUCCAUGCAGUCGCCUUCAUGCAGCGCGGGCAGUGUCGCUCAAGCGACGCAGAAGGCCACCACACUCAGGCAGUACAACUGGGCAAUGCCUACACCGGCCCCGCCUUUACCACGUUUACCUAGUGCUACACUGACACAAUUGAUGCAUCAGCACCGUGCAUCGUAUUAACGGACUGCCUGCUAUCGAUGGCCAAAUGCAGUUGGGAGCCCUCUCCUCCGAGGAAGCCGCGCCGCGCUACGUGUCGGCGCGCGCCCCGCCGGCACCGGGAGCGCCUCCUAACUGCUGCACGCGCGCCGCUAUGGCCGCCCGCGCUGUUGCUUGCUGCGGCCCCGCGCGCCCUGCCGGACUACGCCCGAGGCUGGAGUAUGUCUGGCGGCGGCGCUGAGGAACCUGGUGGAGCCAUCGGAUCUGGCUGCGCCUGGCGCCACUGGCGGCGCUGCGUCGUAGUGCCAGACGUCAUGUUCCGCGGGCAAUGACGGCGACGGUGGCCUCGAUGGGCCUCGACGAUCCGGGCCCCCCGCCCGU